CAUACAAUGUGUUGAGGUGUCACUGAACCAAUAUUCUUUUCUGUCGCCGUUAGUCCAGCAAUCGUGUGUGGAACGCUUCCGUUUACGAGACCGAGGUAUUGAUUUUUGUCAGAUGGAGAACAAAUUCCAUCAGGUUAUGUCCUGAUUGAACGAAUAGUUGCCCGAUAUUGCGACUGGCCAGGCGGGAACGGUAGAACGCUGUGCACUGAGACGCUGUCAGUGGCAAGGAGUACUCGCUGCACGGACAUCAAGUUUGAGGCUGUUGAAUACACGGGCAACCAGGACGAUCUAAUGCAAGCAGGACGAUCUAAUGCAAGCAGAUUUCCCGUGGGUUUGUUCGAGUGUGGAACUACAAAGAUUGUUAUGUAUAUGCUGUAGUCGUAUUUGAGGCUGUUCAAUACACGGGCAACCAGGACGAUCUAGGGCAAGCAGGACGAUCUAGGGCAAGCAGAUUUCCCGUGGGUAUGUUCGAGAGUGGAACUACAGAGAUUGUUAUGUAUAUGAUGUAGUCGUACUAUCAGGUAAAGGAAAGAGAAAUCUGGUGACUGGCAAUGGCGGCUGCACAUUUUAGUGACGAGGAACUCAUCUCACAACUGGCUAAUGCCAACACCCAAUUCGCUCUAGACUUGUACAAGAAGGUUGCCAACACAGCGGACAACAUCUUCCUGUCACCUAUCAGCAUCUCGGCUGCCCUGGCUAUGACUCGACUCGGGGCCAGAGGGAACACAGAGUCUGAGAUGGAUCAGGUAAUGAAGUGGACAAAGUUUGGUGAUAAGGUCCACGAUGCUUUUGAGGACUACCUCAAAGUCCUGAAUGCAGCUGAAGUCAGCUACACUCUAACCAUGGCCAACAGAAUAUUUGUCUACAACAAACUGAAACUUUUGGAUGAAUUUGUUACGAAAACAGGUAAACAUUAUAAGGCUGAUGCAGUUGUUGCUGAUUUUGUUGGAAAACCACUUGAAGAAAAGAAAAGGAUAAAUGAAUGGGUGGAAAAACAAACCAACGGGAAGAUUAAGGACGUGAUUUCUGACAUUGAUCCUCUCACAAGGCUGAUUUUGAUCAACGCGAUCUACUUCAAAGGAACCUGGAAACAACAGUUUGAUCCCAGAGACACAGUGAAGGGGACUUUCAAAAUGCUGUCUGGUAAAACCACCAAGGUUGACAUGAUGAUUUUGAUGAAGUCUUUUCUCAUGGAACGUAAUGACGGCCUCAAAUGUCAAGUGCUGGAACUGCCCUAUCUACAAGAAGAUAUCAGCAUGUUCAUUCUUCUACCCUUUGAAGCUGAUGGGCUAACAUUCCUAGAGGAAAAACUCAAAUCAGACACACUCAACAAUGCCUUGCGUCUCAAACGGAGAGGAUUAAUCGACAUCACACUACCGAAAUUUGUUCUGGAGUCCGAUUUUGCUCUGCAGAAUGUCCUGCCCUCCCUGGGAAUGGUUGAUGCGUUUGAUGUGAAAACUGCUGAUUUUUCUGGCAUGACUGGUUCUGCCGAUCUCUACAUCUCGCAGGUCAUACACAAGACGUUUCUGGAGGUCAAUGAAGAGGGGAGUGAAGCUGCUGCAGCUACGGCCGUCAUUUUGCAGAUGAGGUCCAUGCCAAUAACUCAGCCAUUCGUAGCUGACCACCCAUUCUUGUUCGUCAUCCGUGACAACAGGGCAGACAUGAUCUUGUUCAUAGGCAAAUUGGGAAAACCAUAAGAGGUCGUCACAGGCCCAGAAGUACCACACCACCGUGGAUGUUGUAAAGUAGCAUAUAUAUAAAAUUUUCUUAGAAUUUGUUAGUGAAGGAUUUGUAUAUCUUACGGAACAUUGAAUUCUACCUCUUAAGAUUAUUGAUUAAUCAGACAACCUCUUGUGAUCAGAAAUUGUAAUGAUGACGUUUCAUAGAGCCAAAUAUAUAAGUACCGUUGGCUAAUAUAUCAACUGUCAAUACAGCUGCUUAUUUAACGAGACGUUAGUAUUGAUUUAUUGUUUUAAUUAACUGAAAUUUGCUCAGGUUUUAAAAUCUGUAUUUCAUGCUUGGAUGAGGGACCGCCUGCACUGGCAUAUUUAUAAAGUCUUGUGAUAUUGUUGAUUAGAUGUGUGUUAACCCUUUAUUGUCCUAUUAAAUUUUUAUCAAAAGUAAUUUAGAUUCUAUCUUGUUAUUAUAUACUUGUUAAGAGUUAAAUGCUAGUAAUUUCUUGUAUGAGACAACAUUUACUGUGAUUUGCAUUUAAAAUGUGCUGCCAGGUGCGAUAUUCAUAUUGACAUUAUAACAGCAAACAGAACGAGGAAAAAACGUUAAGCUAAGGCACCUAUGUAGAAACAUUGAUUUAUACUGGCCAAUAAAAGCAUUAAAUAUCA